AUGAGGCCGGGCCGAGGGGCCCAGCGGAAGACCAAGUGCAAUGGGCUGGGGCGUCGCGUGGCGGCUCCGCACUCGCUGCCGUCCGCCCUGGAGGUCGAGGCGGCCUGGAAGCAGCAGCAGCAGCCGCCCGGCGGAGGACUCCCACCCGGAGCAGGUCUGCCGCCGUCCGUGGGACUGCCGCCGUCGGUUCAGCCUCCGGGCGGCGGUCCGCCGUCCCAAGUCAACAGCAACAACCAGUCCGUCAAUGACCAACAACCGCCUUAUGGAGGACCGCCGUUUCAGGUCGGUUCUCCUGCUCCGGGAGGCGGCGGCGGCUACGGAGGCGGAGGACCGGGCGGCGGUCCCGGAGGUGGCGGUGGGACGCCGCAGUACACCGCCAGUCCGGCCCCUAGUGGGUCCAGUACACCUGGGCCGCCGAGCGGUGGUUACGGAGGCGGUGGGCCGGGCGGAGGUGGACCUGGUGGGCCUUAUAACGGGCCCGGCAGCUUCAAUAGUCCAGGUGAGAUUAAAGAUACAUGUUUUGAUCAUUUGGCACUAAGGGUGGUGCAGGAGGAGGUUUCAUGA